CCACUGCGUGUCUCCCUUUGUCUAUGGCACUAACUUGAACCAUACUGGUGCAACUUUUCCCUUAUCGAUGGGCUCAUUUUGGGAAUGAACGCAUGCAGUCAGGGGGACGUCUUUAAAGCUUUGAGGAUUUUUGACCUGGGGAGUAAGAUGUAUCUUGUUUCAGUUGUGCUAUUUCUGAGUUUGGGGACUUUGGUGCAAGGCUCUUCCGGUGGAGGAUGGUGCUAUACAGGCUGUGAGCAAAGCCCACAGCACUGGUCCGACAUCCCCGGCUCUUUCUGUGGAGGCAAGAGCCAGUCUCCCAUCGAUAUCGUCACCAGCGAGGUGGUGGCUCACGCUGACCUGCACAACUUCACCUUUGUCAACUUCUCCUACCAGCACGCCAUCGAGCACCUGGAGAACAACGGACACACAGUGAAGUUAACCCUGGAAGACGGCGCGGUGGAAGUGAGUGGAGGCGGCCUCAACGGGUCGUACUCCGCACUGCAGUUUCACUUCCACUGGGGCGACACGGAGUUUCAUCCAGGCUCCGAGCAUACGGUGGAUGGGCACAGAUAUCCGAUGGAGAUGCACAUAGUCACCAUAAAGAAGGGCCUCACAGUGGAACAGGCCAAAGUGCAUCCCGAGGGAAUCGCUGCUCUGGGGUUUUUCAUAAAUGCAACAGAACACGGAAAUAAGUCUGAGCCUUGGCGCAUGCUGACAUCCUAUGUGACAAAAAACGAUACUGAGGUGAAAUUGAACCAUACUUUCUCCAUUGACGACCUGAUCGGAGAAGUCGAUCGCACGAAGUUCUAUCGGUACCACGGCUCGCUGACCACCCCCAACUGCAGUGAAGUGGUGGUCUGGACUGUUUUCUACGAGCCAAUUGAAAUCCACAAAGACCUGAUCCGCAUGUUCCCCGUGAAGGCCGGGUUCACCAACAUCCAUCGGCCCACUCAAGCCCUGAACGGACGCCACGUGUACGCGUCUCCGGCGACUCCUCUGCCUCCUCUGCCUCCCAGUCCCUCGUGGUGCUACGAUUCACACUGUUACUACGAGCCGUCUAAGUGGCACCUUCUGCCUGGCUCCAGCUGUGGGGGCCAACGCCAGUCCCCCGUGAACAUUGAGACGGAGAAGGCGGUGGAGAAGAGCAGCCUCGGCGAAUUUGAAUUCACCAAUUUUGAUAACAAGCAUGCGAUCAAGUACAUCACAAACACUGGCCACGCAGUGAAGUGCGUAAUGGCGGACGACUCUGUGGAGGUGUCAGGAGGGGGUUUGGGACACGACUACACCACCCUCCAGUUCCACUUCCACUGGGGAUCACAUGACACCAAAGGCUCAGAGCACACCAUGGACUCAAAGAGAUACCCGAUGGAGAUGCACAUAGUAAAUAAGAGGAAGGAUUUAACCCUGGAGGAGGCGAUAGCCACUCCGAAUGGCUUGGCAGUGUUGGGGUUCCUUAUUGAGUCGAAGGAUUCCUCCAAGAGCGGCGGUGGAAGUUCAGGACAUGAAGACACUACAUCAAGUUCAUCGUCCGAUAUGGAGGCCUGGAAGAAGCUCACCAGCUACCUCUCAGCUAUUCAAAACAUCAGCUCACAAGCUGAAGUUACUGCGGAGAUCUCUAUAGACGACCUGCUGGGCAGCGUGAACCGAGACGAGUACUACCGCUACAACGGCUCCUUGACCACCCCCUCCUGCAACGAAGCCGUGGUCUGGACGGUCUUCACGAACGCUGUGAAGGUGGACCAAGACCUGAUGAUGAAGUUCCCGACUUACGCAGGUUACCACGACGUGUUCCGGCCAAUCCAGCCCCUUCACGGCAGAAUAAUCUACAGAUCAGCGUCCGGCGCCGCCGCGCGCACUGGACACGCCGUCCUGCUCCUGCUGCUGGCUUCUCUCUCCACCCUUUUCAUGUAAUGAAGAAGAAUUAACUUUAAAAACUAUGCACAAAAGGUGUGUUAAUAUCUAGUGCUGUUUUGAUUUCACGAGAACUUAUAUUUUAGGUGUAGUGGUGCAAAAAAGAAGCAAAGUGUCUUUUUCAGUGUAAAAAAUCUAUAUAUAUUCCAAUUAGAUGCAUCCCAGGUGAUUUUGCUGAAUGAAGAAAAUGAAGAAAUGACUUCAGCUUCUGAUCAGGAUGAGCAGCCAUUUUGCGUCGAUCGCUUCUUUUGCACUAUUAUAACCCCUGGCUAUUGAAAGAGAAGAUUGUAUCGAUGUUUGGAGAGCGAGAUUUGGAUGGCACCAGAGGUCACGUCUGUGUUCGCCGCCUGAACCUGGAAGACAAAUAAGGAACAAGCUGUAAAAUAGAAAUUACAGGAUUAGUUUUAUCUUCAUUCCAGCUCCAGCUGAGUCAUGGAUAGGGGAACUAACGAGGAAGCUCUUCUAGUGUGCUCUAUGUAUGUUUUAUUGGAAGUUUUUCGUUGUCUUGGUGUUGAAUGCACUUUAAUCUGCCUACUAUGUCAUCUGGAUAUGAUCAAACACACUUUUAAAGUGAGUAUAAAUAUAUACCUCAUGGGUCUUCUUGACCUUUUUAUUUCUUCUUUUUAAGAUUUUUUAUUAUAUAUAUAUAUAUAUAUAUAUAUAUAUAU